GGCACAAGCCUCCACGAUCGAUCUUAUCGAAAUACUGCUUUGCUUUCUAGUCCACACGGGCCUCGAUUGCCAUCAUUUUCUUUUGGCCAUUUCGUUCACUCGCUCUGGAGCUCCACUCACUAGCACAUGAUUCGAAAUUCCCAGUUACAGCUGACUAUCAGAGGUUGUGGUCCGUAAGAGAAGUCAAAGUCGAACUAGGCGGCUACGCGUUUCCAUGGCUAAUAAACCAUCGCCUCUUAGUUCAUUUUAUCAAAAUCCCCCGUACAUCUUCCCCGUCGCUGCUGUGCUGCACUUCAGCACUUGCAUCGCCGGUGUCUGAUGUGACCUUCUGUUUACAACGACAUCUCCACCUCAGAUCGAUCCUGAUAGCAUCCACAGAUUCACACAAUUAACCGAGCUAGCAACUCCUGCUAACCAUGGAGGCGGCUGUGGUGAGCGCCGUGACGGGGGCCCUCAAACCCGUCGUGGAGAAGCUGUCCGCUCAGCUUGGCGACAAGUACAAGCGUUUCAAGGGGGUGCGCAAGGAUAUCAAGUCCCUCACUCAUGAACUCGCUGCCAUUGAUGCAUUUCUCAUGAAGAUGUCGGAGGAGGAGGAUCCUGACGUGCAGGAUAAAGUUUGGAUGAAUGAGGUGCGGGAGCUGUCCUAUGACAUGGAGGACUGCAUCGACGACUUCAUGCUAAGUGUCGAUGACAAGGACGCUAAGCCAGACGGCUUCAUCGAGAAGAUGAAGCACUCGGUAGGGAAGCUGGGCAAGAUGAAGGCUCGCCGUCGAAUGGGUAACCAAAUCCAUGAUUUAAAGAAACAGAUCACUGACGUGGCCUGCAGGAAUCAAAGGUACAAGACUCACCAAGCCUAUGCCAGCACCAAAAAUGCAACCGUCGUCGACCCUAGGUCUCUUGCAAUCUUUGUGCAUGCCUCAAAGCUGGUCGGAAUCGAUGAACCCAAGGCUGAGAUAAUCAAACUUUUGAUAGAAGAAGAUAAACAUGCGCCAAUGCAACAACAACCGAAGAUAGUCUCAGUUGUUGGGCCCGGAGGUAUGGGCAAAACUACUGUUGCAAACCAAGUGUAUCAAGAGCUCAAUGGGCAGUUCAAGUGUCGGGCCUUCUUAUCUGUGUCAAGAAAUCCAAACAUGAUAAACAUACUGAGAACUAUUCUAAGUCAAGUUAGCAACCAAUGUUAUGGUAACACAGAAGAAGGUAGCGUGCAACAACUCAUUAUGAACAUCAACCAAUUCCUACUAGACAAAAGUGAUCAAGAUUAUGCUGCCACGAAAGCAGGGAGCCUACAACAACUCAUCAUCAAGAUCAAUGAUUCCCUAGUAGACCAGAGGUAUUUUGUUGUCAUUGAUGAUAUAUGGGAUGUGGAUACAUGGGAUGUUAUUAAGCAUGCAUUCCCCAUGAACAAUUGUAGCAGUAGAGUAAUCACCACUACUCGUAUAAUUGAUGUUGCAGAAACAUGUCGAUCAUCAUUCAAUGGCCAUGUUUAUAAUAUAAGGCCUCUGGAUAUAGUGCGCUCAAGGCAGUUAUUUCGCAAAAGGCUAUUCAACUCCGAAGAAAAUUGCCCUUCAUACCUUGAAGACAUUUCUGAUCAAAUUUUGGAAAAAUGUGCUGGGUUACCUUUGGCCAUAAUUGCUAUAUCUGGUUUGCUGGCUAACACAGAAAGAAGGGAAGAUCUAUGGGAUCAAGUGAAAGAUUCAAUUGGUCGCGCACUUGUAAGAAAUCACAUCAUUGAAGGAAUGAUGAAGAUAUUGUCACUUAGUUACUUUGAUCUUCCUCAUCAUCUAAAAACUUGUCUCCUAUAUGUAAGUAUAUGGCCGGAAGAUUCCAUUAUUAGGAAGAAGGAUCUAAUAAGGAGGUGGAUUGCUGAAGGAAUUAUUCACAAAGAAGGAAGCUAUACAACACAUGAGAUAGGAGAGGUGUGUUUUACUGAGCUUCUCAAUAGGAAUUUGAUCCAACCUGGAAAUACAAAUGAUUAUGGUGAGGUGAACUCAUGUCGAGUUCAUGACAUGAUUCUUGAUUUCAUCAUAUCCAAGUCCAUAGAAGAAAACUUUGUUACCUUACUUGGUGUUCCCACUCUGACAAUUGGGACACAAACCAAAAUUGUUCGUCGACUCUCUUUGGAAGUGAGCAAACAAGGAUAUUCAACACUACCAACAAAGGGUUUGGUAUUGUCUCAUGUACGUUCACUUAAUGUGCUUCGGACUUAUGAUGAAAUCCCUUCUUUGGAGGAUUUCAGACAUUUGCGUGUUCUCGAAUUGAAGAAUUGCAGUCGUUUGAAAGGACAUCAUCUCGAAAAUAUAUUGAGGUUUUUCCAGUUGAGGUACUUGAGCCUCAAACAUACAAUAAUAUGUGAGCUUCCGGAACAAAUCGGGCGUUUGAAGUGCUUAGAAAUAUUGGACCUAAGAGACACUGAGGUGAAGGAAUUACCUGCAUCUAUUGUUAAUCUUGGAAAAUUAUCACAUCUAUUUGUUGACCGUGGUGUUAAAUUUCCUGAUGGGAUUGUGAAUUUGCAAGCGCUGGAGACAUUGAAAGGGGUCACAGUCUCCAAGCAGCCACUUAACUUCAUAUGGGGCAUUGGCCAGCUAAACAAUUUGACGAAUCUCGUCCUUCAUUUUGAAGUUGAUUCUAACUAUGAGGAUAUUAAGGAGGAGCACAACAAAGCUCUUGUCUCUUCCCUGUGUAAGCUAGGCACCCAAAACCUUCGCUCUCUUACUAUUUGGAAAGGGAGCAACCUCUUGGAGCAACGUUUGAGCCUAGUUACCUUGGAGAGACUUAUUACCAGGUCUUGGUGUUCAGCCAUCCGGGAGGUUCCAAAAUGGGUGAGCUCCCUCAAAAACCUCCAACAGCUACGCCUUAAAGUGCAGGGAGUGAAACAGAAUGAUCUCAACAUCCUUGGAAGUUUACCCUCUUUGAUCAUUUUGCAUCUGAGGGAAGUAACAAAGUCAAACGAAAAGCUCAGAAUCAGCAGGGAAGUUGGGUUCCGGCUCUUGAGGAUUUUUAUUUAUGAUGCAAAUUAUAGCCUGUUAGAUCUGAUGUUUGAGGCGGGAUCUGCGCCCAAGCUAGAAAAACUCCAUAUUUCUUUUGUCUGUGUAGGUAAAGAUGUACCUUUGGACUUCGGAAUUGAGAACCUCCCCUGCCUCAUUACUCUCAAAAUUCCGUGAAGGGCAACGAUGGCAGUGUUGAGGCUGUGUAGGCUGCUAUAGAGAGAGCAGCCAGCACACAUUCCAGCAACCCUUCUCUACUCUUUGAGAGAAUUCACGAACGGGGUAUCCCUGGGAGGUACUAAUUGCAGAUAGAAAAGAGUUCUCCAGUGGUAGCAGCAGAGAUGUUGCUCUGAAGUCUGGUUCCCACUAAGAUAGAUGUUGCUCUGAAGCUCCUGUCUUUUCGAGAUAGAUGUUGCGUCAUAUCUGGUACAGAUGUUACUGAGAUACCAAGGUAACCUGUGAUUCUACUUCGUGCUGUAUGUCUUGUACUUAGUCUACAGUUGCAGUGUCAUAUAGUUAGCUGCUAUGUAGCAAGGUUUGUGCGGCGCGUAGUGAAGUGUGCUUCUAGUCUAUGUAUGCAAUAUGUGUGUUUCUUUCAAAGAAAUACCAGUUUAUUCAA